UCUCUUGGCUUUGCAGGCCUUGUCUCACAGAAACAGUUUACAACACUCACAAUAUUCACUUUUAGCUGCUGCACUAGAUUCAGUGUCCUACACUGUAAGACACUUGGCACUGACACUUUUUUCUUUACUGGUGUUUAAAUGCUGACUAGCCACUUGAUGGUAAUUGGCUGAUCCCCAUAUAACUCAGUUUGCGUGUUACGGGGGAAAUACGGGAACUGAAAGUGUGAAAGUGAAAGAUGAAUUCGAGGUCAGUAUGCAUUACAUGGUCCAUGAGAAACUACCUCCAGAAAGCCCUAUUGAACCAAUCAUCACACAAAGUGGGACUUCAGCUGGAAAGGAGAUUACUUUCAACUCCAUCAAAAUGGCAUGGCCUGUUUGAACCAAGUGAUUUGAAAUUGGAACCAGAUAUUCCUGAGUUCAAGGCCCUACAUAUUCGAAUGAGAGGUUAUGACUUUCCAAUUUUGGAGUCAUAUGCAAAGCGUGUGCACAGUAUCUUGGACACUAUGUUCGAACUUGAUACAGAUGCAUUUCCAGCUCCUAGCAAGUCCACAGAGGUGCGAACUUUCCACCCUCGAUCUACGGCUGUAGCUGACAAAUAUCAGCUGAACAAAUAUGAGAGGACUGUAAUGGCAGAGGAUGUUCCCACAACUACAGUUCCCCUGAUUGUACAGUUUUUAAGGAAGAAUUGUCCAGAAGGCGUGGAUGUAGCUGUGAAAGAGCCCGACACAGAUGAGGAAGAGUUCCGCUUUGUCCCAGAUUAUGAAGUCAACGAUUUACUGGCUGAGAAGGCUGCAAUAGAAGCUGGCAAACUGAGAAAGAAAUAAUGUAUAUCGUCUUGAGCUUGUGUUGACUUGUGAGUGCUUGAAAAGUCAAAUAAAUGAAUGUGAAGAUAAUUGUU